AUGCUUGAUGAGUAUAGUGCUUUAAUUAAAACAGGGACUUGGGAAUUGGUGCCUAGGCCUACGGGGGUGAAUAUUGUUAAUUGUAUGUGGCUUUUCAAACAUAAAUUCAAAUCUAAUGGUGACCUUGAAAGGCACAAAGCUCGUCUUGUUUGUGAUGGCAGAUCGCAAGAAGUUAGUGUGGAUUGUGAUGAGACCUUCAGUCCGGUAGUUAAACCGGCCACUAUCCGUACAGUUCUCAGCUUAGUUAUGGCUAAAAAGUGGUCAAUUCAUCAAUUAGAUGUCAAAAAUGUCUUUUUACAUGGUGAUUUACAGGAAACCUUGUAUAUGCAUCAACCCCCAAGGGAUUGCGGUGACCCGUACACCCUCUUAUUUGCUACUUUCGCAGGAAAAGUAUGCACAAGAGAUUAUAGAGCGCAUGCAGGUAUGGACUCUUGUAAGCCUGCAGCUACUCCAGUUGACACUAAGUCCAAACUUAGUGCAGAUGCAGGACCACCAUUCCGAGAUCUUACUUUGUAUCGCAGUUUAGCAGGUACUCUUCAGUAUCUCACCUUCACUAGGCCAGAUAUUGCCUAUGCGGUACAACAGGUGUGUCUUUUUAUGCAUGAUCCCCGGGAAUCUCAUUAUGAUGCAUUGAAACGCAUUAUGCGUUAUGUUCAAGGUACCAUUGAUCAUGGCUUACAUUUAUAUCCAUCUGCUUCUCAUCGUUUGAUUACUUACACUGACGCUGACCGGGGAGGUUGUCCCGAUACCCGUCGUUCCACAUCGGGUUAUUGCUGCUUUCUUGGGGACAACCUCGUUUCUUGGUCAUCUAAGCGUCAGCAUACAUUAUCUAAGUAG